AUGGCUACAGCAGCAGUCGCUGUGCACACAUUGAACACGUUUGAAGAUCUCAGUGGCACUUCAACUCCUAUUUCCUCUGACAACCCUUACGAUGGCCUGAUAGACGGAUCACACAAUGACCCUGCGCAAAUACAAGCCCGCUACAGCACUCAUCGUGCGACGCGAAAUACCCAGCAAAAGACGAAACUUCUCGCUCCUGACUUCUCCGGAGUCACACUCGAUCCCAUUCUCCAGCGGCUCUAUGAUCCAACCAUUGAGCCUGGCUACACAGAUCCACGUCACUGUUUCGUCUUCUGGGCGCGUCCGCCGCAGAAAGUUAAGGCUCUCAUUGCGGAUGUGCAGGAGAAGCUCCGAGCAGUUGCGCCGAACCUCUGGCUCAUGCCUACCGACUGCCUACACAUGACCGCGCUGGAGAUAACCCACUCGCGCACCGAUGCAGAAAUUAAGUCACUCGUAGAGACUAUGCACCCCAGUAUCCCUACGAUAGUGGACUACACACUGACUCACCGCGCCCGGCUCGUCAAGCCCAUGAUCGGAUUCGAUGCGCAGGCGCUGGCCCUGAGCUUUGUGCCUGCGGCUGGGGAAGCUCUGCCGCCUGGCCGUACCAAGGCGGACGACAAGUAUACAUACCACCACCUACGGCGGGAUCUGUAUACGCUGUCCAAGGAGCGACUCAAGGUGGACUCGCGCUAUGUGGUCCCCUCGUCCCAUCUGACAAUUGGGCGGUUCAUCACUGCGGAAGACUUCUCCAGCGACGGGAAGUCGGAUCCAGAGAAGAUGAGGCAGCUCGUUGAAAAGAUUGAGGGGGUUAAUGAGUGGCUCCAAGCGGAGUACUGGCCCAAGGAAAAUGAUGCUGCGAUCAAGGACGGCGGCGAAUGGAUUGUAGGCCAGGAAAAGGGUCUGGACUGCCGCGAAGGCACACUCUGGUACGGAGGUGGCAAGACGGUUCAGUUGGGCCGGGGCUUCUGA